AUGGGUUCUUGUCUGUGUUUGAAGUCAACACAUUUGCAAUCAAUCCAUGGAAGCACACUACACGCCGAGUAUAGCUCGAAUCAGACGAUAUUGUUGCAGCAUGGCCACAUCAACCCCUCAAAAUUUCCGUCACUUCCAAGUCAGCACUCUGUAAACGGCACCGUGAAUUGUGCUGAGGGUGAGGACGAUCCCCAAUCCGGACCGGUUCAGCUCAAAUGCCGAUCGAAAUGGCGAAAAUAUCCACCGCCGGAGCCAUUUCCGUUCUCUUUGUAUAUUCUUCUUCUUGCAUUCAUGAAUUUGCUCAGCCUCAGACCUGCUGCUCGCAGCUUUUACCCGACUACCAUCAAUUGUGGUAAUCAAAAUGGCGCCUUUGGGGUAGGAUUAUGUCCAAAACCACUCCAACUGCGUCUAAAUCCUUUAAAAUCAUCUGUGAAUAAUGAUUUUAAGCUCUCAUUCUUUCACAGUGGUUUGAACAAUAGAAAGAAAGUUAUUAGUAGAUUUCAACAUUUUGUGCCAUCUGCUUUAGCCGAGACUUCAUCGGCCGAUGGCCAUCAACCGUCUAAUCUUGAUACCGAUAAAAAGCUUGCGGUGGUUGCUUGGUCUGCCACAACUAUGUUACUUGCAGUCUCAACUCGCGUGUUGCAGAAACUUGCUCUUGUCCCGAUGAAGGAGUACCCAUUUUUUCUCGCUCAAUUCAACAGUUUCACGUAUGUGGCUGUUUAUUUUACUGUGCUCUGCCUGAGAUAUCGUACGGGUAUAACAACUGAUGAGAUGCUAGCCCUCCCAAAAUCACCCUUUAUUGCGAUUGGGUUUCUUGAAUCAAUUUCUCUUCUAUCUGCGAUGUAUGCUGGAGCCAUUCUUCCAGGACCAGCUAUACCCUUACUCUACCAGACAUUCCUGGUGUGGCAGCUGAUUUUUUCUAGCUGCUUCUUGGGGAGAAGGUACUCUCUGAACCAGAUCUUGGGAUGCUUUCUUGUGGCAGCGGGUGUCAUAGUGGCUGUUACGAGUGGAGGAAACAAUGGUCAGAUGCUUUCUGGAAUUGGACCUUUGUGGCCAAUGGUCAUGAUUGCUUCAAGUGCAUUUCAAGCAGGUGCAUCUAUUGUUAAGGAAUCUGUGUUCGUUGGUGCCAGAACACGUCUUAAGGGAAAACCGUUGGACGUUUUCAUUGUUAGUUCCUUUGGAUCUGGAUUUCAGGCCCUUUUCAUACUCCUUCUUUUGCCAAUUCUGUCAAACUUGAAGGGCAUACCUAUAUCUGAACUGCCUUCCUACUUCAAAAGUGGUGUUGGUUGCUUCUUGAACAUCGGAACCAAUACAACAGGGUGUGAUGGAGCUCCACUGCUUCCCCUUCUUUACAUAAUGUCAAACCUCCUUUUCAACAUCUCUAUUCUCAAUCUUCUCAAAGCCUCAAAUGCAAUUGUUGCUUCUCUUGCUUCAAGGGCUUCAGUGCCAAUUGCUAUUUUGGUUCUUUCCCUCCCACUGCCAUACCUUCCUAGAGGUGUAAACUUGAGCCCAUCCUUCCUAGUUGGGUCCAUGAUUCUUAUGGCUGGGCUCGUCUUAUAUAAUGCACCCUGGACUCGGAAGCACAAAUCCAAUAUUCUUUGACGUACAACAACUACAAGGAAUUGAAUGCAUGCAUUGUAUAACUAAUUACCACAUCAAAUAGCUAAAUCCGAGAGCCUUGCUUUUGGAUCCAUUUUGGCCAUCAUCUUGAUUGCAACUUUAGUGAAGAGUCUUUACUCAAACCCCUCAGGCAUUUUGGUUUCACGAGCGAAAUCAGAGGAGUUAUUCUUGUUUGGGUGCAUGUGCUGGUAAAAUGUAUCAACCUGUAACCAUCUCAAUCUCACAAAUGAGGUUAUGUGCGGGAAGAGGAGAAACAUGUGGUGAUAAUUGUGGCUGAUAAUUAGAUUAGCUCAAGUUUGUUGCACUAGUCUAAGCAAAACUUUGAAGUGGAGAACGAAACCCAAUUUGUAUAAAUUUAUAUGGGAGCCCAUGAGGAAUGUAGCUAUAUUUUAUUAUUAGUACAAUGUCCGUGAACUAUAUG